AUGCCAGCUCCACUUGCUAAAGGAAUCAUCAUUACCGUUUCGGUUAUUGUCGCUGCCGGCAUCGCUGUGUAUGAGUCUCCGCAGUUUAAACAAUGGGUGAAUACAUCGCGCCGCAAGAUCGCCGUGGCCUUGCACAACCUCGGGGAUGAGAUCCAACCGCAAGACAUAGCAAUGAGAGAAGAUAUAUCUAUGACCGAAGAAACUGGCGAAGUUGCAGAAGAACGCAGACGCAUUGCUCGUGCAGAGAUCAUGCGACGAGGCUCGCUCCUUGAGUCACGGCAACAGGCCAGGCGCCGACAUCAGCCUCAUAAUAGCUUUGACGCUCUCGUUGACAGCGAGGGCAACCUACGUAAAGAUGACGACUAUGAAUAUGAUACUCGACCAAAUCCAGGACCUAUUGCUAACUCAACGGGGGUGGAUUUGGGUACCUCCGAGCCUCUUCGCCGAGGUGGGAAGCACAUCGAAGCCGACCCUCCGACUACUCCGGGGAAGAAUCAGCUGCAUGUCGAUAUUCCUUCGUAUGCUUCUUCAAAUCACCCCUCGGAAUCUAUGAUCCAGUUUACGCCUACUUCUGAAGCACCUGAGGGUGAUGCCCUCUUUGAUCCCUUUUCUCCCAAUUCCCCCUUGUCUGCCUCUGGCUCGAGCCACACGGAAACCCACCAUCAGGCAUAUUAUGCGCGCUCUGAUGGUGCACCCAAUGUAACUCACGAGAACAAUCAUAUUGCGGGCCUAGAUCUACUUGGACACGAGAGUAUGCAGUCUCACCAUGAUGUUUCAGCCGCCCCAUCUACGAGUGGAAGUUUCAGUCAUGUGGGAGGGUUCGAUGAUGAAACGUCAGAUGGCACUCUAAGUGACCUCGGCGAGCAUAGCGUUGGUGGUGUUGAUACACCAGCAAGCUGGUCUGAAGUGGGUAGCGUGAUUAGCAAUGAAGAUGCGGGUCAUCAUCAGUUGCUCUGA